GUAGCCCUCUGCCGGAAAAAUUUAAACAACAUUAAACUGGAGAAAAAUUUUGUUUUUACGCGUCUUGUUUUUACUUUUUCCGACAAAAUCCAUUGAAUUAUUGGCAGUGAGAGUGUCUGAAGAGGCAGUGGAAAAGGCGGAAAAUGCCCGGAGACUUGAAUAUGAUUCAGUAUUCAGAGAAAUAUUACGAUGACACCUAUGAAUACCGGCAUGUGAUCCUGCCUACAGAAAUGGCCAGAUUUGUCCCUCGCACACAUCUAAUGACUGAAACUGAAUGGAGGAACCUUGGGGUACAGCAGAGUCCCGGAUGGGUACACUAUAUGCUACACUCUCCCGAGCCGCACGUUCUACUCUUCCGGAGGCCACUCCAGGCACCUGCUCCCGGGAGGAGUGAUGCUGCUCAGCAGAGCGCUGUUAGCUCUGCCUUGUAAAUUACUUUCGUAUCUCUAUUUCGUGUAUCGUAAUCUUCCUUUUCUAUUUACACCCCAAAAACUGUACAAAAUCUCAAAACGCAGUUGCAAAAAUUAAAAUAUGAAUUUUUUUAUUAUUUUAUUUUCUUUAUAAAAUAAAGCGUGAACAAAUCAAAAA